CGUCAUUAGUUGUAAACACACAAAAGGAAUAGUCGUUGGGUGAUAACAUGUAUCAGGAAUACCUAAAUCAGAUGCAAACAUCGAUUGCGCCCCUCAGCUCUGAGGAGCUGAAGGAGCUACUAAAUGACGAUGAAAAACUGGACGCCAAAGUUGAUGAAGCAUUGCAGACUCUAAUGGCACAAAAGGAUCGAUUCUUCGAGGAGAAUCGCAACAGAGCCGAGAGUAACAUAGAGAAGGAGCCAGAAAUUAUAGAACUGCGUGGCAAGGUGGGUGAGUUGCUGGAGGAAGGGCGAACACGUUGCGAGGCGGUUCAGGAGAAGUUGUCCCAAAUUAAAGAGAAGUCCGGCGGUGUUAGUCAGGAGACGGCAUUGGCGCUGCUACAGACAGCAGCGGCCGAGAGCGAGGAACAAACGGAGUCGCUGGUCAAGAAGUUCACAGACAACGAGGUCAACGUAGAGGCCUUUCUCGACGAGUUCCUGGCUAAUCGUCGAACCAUGCAUCUGCGCAAGCUGAAAGCUGAGAAAAUGCAGGAGCUGAUGCGCAAGCAAGCAGCUGGACAACGCCCUGGAACUGCUUCGCCAGCGUAUGGCAAUGUGCCGGGCGCGGGCAGUGGGUUUUAUCCGCCUAUAGCGGGCGCUGGAGUUCCAUAUCCUAUGAUGGGUCCAAUGAUGCCAAUGCCACCCUCACGGCCAUACUGAAUGGUUGACGAGAAGAGAGGGGACUCACAAACGUAGGACAAGUCGAUGCUGCCAUUGUUAGUUAUCUGGCGAAUAUUUAAAUCUAAAAUCACUUAUGGACUCACCAUUGGAAUGACUCAUUGCAAAGUUAUUUAUUGUUGCUGUACGGUAGUACCAUGUACAGUAUUUUUUAAAUAUAUGAUCAAAAACAAUCGAGCUCAGCAAUAAAUACAAGUCUGUUCGUCGUCAAGUUAAAAAAUGUUUUUAUUGUUUAAAAUUUCAAAUUUAAGUACAUAUUGCUUCUGGUUUUGAUUAAUUUAAAAUAACUUUCGCACGCCAGCUCGGCAUUAAAUUAGAAUAUACACUACUGAUAAAUUAAGCGAUUUA